CAUACAAGUGAAGCUGUAAGAGGCGGAAGAUACGUGGCUGCCCUUCUUAACUUAGCUCACAGUGGUGUUUCACAACGAAGAAGUCGGGCAGGACUGAAUGAGUGUCUGAUAUUUGAAGAAGAAAGGGGGCAUCAAAUCGUUGUCAUCGAGAGAACCUGAAACAGUGUUCUUUAGGUCAUCGUAAUUCAGGUCUUUGGUUUAUCUUCGAUAACGCCAGAUUGUUUCAACUCGGUUCUACAGUACGCCAUGUCUAGCCCAAAAAAAGAAGACCUUCCUACCGUUCCUUCAGCUAUGAAGAACGAACUUACCAAUUUUGACUCAACAAAAAUGAAACACACGGAAACAUUAUAUAAGACAGUUCUUCCAUCUAAUGAAGACAUUCAACAAGAGAAGAUGCACCAAAACUUGGUUGCAGGAGUAGAAGAGUUUGACAAAAGUACACUUCAGCCCACACAGACUCAAGAAAAGAACAUCCUCCCGAAGGCUGAAGAUAUCAAACAAGAAAAAGUUCAUCAAGAGCUGAUUGCAGAUGUUGAAAAUUUUAAUCGGAAUGUGUUAAAGCAUACACAAACAGAAGAAAAGAUUGUACUCCCCACGAAAGAAGAAAUUAAGCAGGAGAGAGGACAACAGGAACUGUUGAAAGGAAUCCAGUCCUAUGAUACUUCAAAUCUGAAGCACGCAGAAACACGGGAAAAAAACGAACUUCCUACAAAGGAAAUUAUUGAGUUAGAAAAAAAAGCAGUCUGAAGAAACCAGAUACUCAUUGCUUCCUUCCACACUGGUGUUGAGACUGUAGUCAAGGAACGACUGACAUCUCAUCAUGAAGUUUUGUGUAUGCUAUAUUGUUCACUCAUAUGCGGCGUUGCCUUUCUUAAUGGUAUUUUGUUGAAAAAAAAUAUGGAACGAUUAGUUUUUAAAAUAUUCACAAAGUUUCCCUGAUCAUUUCUAAUAUCACAUGUAGUCAUUUUGAAAAUGUUUAUAAGUUUUAACAUAGACUGUUUUAAAAAGUAUGUUCUUAUGUUUAGCAUUCAGUAAAGUUCAUUCACAAUCAGAAACAAAAGAAAAUUACUUAUCUCAUAGUUUACUGGAUUCAGUAUUUAUGAAUUUGAAUUUUUUUUUAUAUUUGUGUACUAUCACAAGAAUUUCAAUAUGUUAAAAAUUUUAUGUAUUCCACUAUUCAAAAUUAUAAGAGAGAGACAUCAUCUAUUUCAUAUUUUCAUAAUAGCUUUUGUUGUAUACGAAUAUUUCCACGUUUUAUUAACAAAAUAGUAUGCGUUGCUACUGAGCUUGAAUAAAUAAUAAAAACGUAUUUUGUUUUUACUUUAUGAUAUUAACAAUAACAUGUAACAAGGGAGAAAGUAACCAUAAAAUUGUGACAUAAAUAAAACUUUACAACAAUAAAGUUUAAUCUUAACAAAGCGUUUCACAUUCCUAACAUAAAAACAAAGUUUCAAAACAAAUAAAUAAAACUGCUUGAAUAUAAAGGGACUUGUUUGAUAUCUAGAUUUUGUACGUCACUGUACUUUAAAUAAAAUCCUUUCAAACAGAAAA